AUGUCUUUCACCAAGAGACAAUUCGUCGCUGCGGCAUUGGCUCUUUUGCCCCUCGCCCAGGCCCAGCAGCCAGCAACUACCGAUCCCGGUAACCCGUCCUUGAAGACAUACAAGUGUUCCAAGUCCGGGGGAUGUGUUGCUCAAGACACUGCCAUUGCUUUGGAUUGGAACUACCACUGGAUUCACACUGUCAAUGGCUAUGAAUCCUGCACCACCUCCUCCGGGGUGAACACAACCCUCUGCCCUGAUGCAGCGACCUGUUCCAAGAACUGUGUCAUUGAGCCAGCCAAUUACACUUCUUCCGGUGUCUCGACGAGCGGAGAUGCCCUCACCAUGCACCAGUAUGUGAAGAGCAACGGUGUCUACGGCAACGCAUCCCCUCGCGUGUAUCUUCUCGGAUCCGACGGCGACUACGUUCUCAUGCAGCUUCUCGGCCAGGAACUGACCUUUGAUGUUGACAUGUCCACCUUGCCAUGUGGUGAGAACGGUGCUCUCUACCUCUCCGAAAUGAGCGGAAGCGGUGGACGCAAUGAGUACAACAAGGGUGGUGCCGCGUACGGCUCGGGAUACUGUGAUGCCCAAUGCCCCAGCGAGUUGUGGAAGAAUGGUACGCUUGUGCCCGGCGGCUCGCCCUACUGCUGCAAUGAGAUGGACAUCCUCGAGGGUAACUCGAGGGCCAACGCAUACACACCCCACCCUUGCAGCGCCGACAACUGUGACAAGGGUGGAUGUGGCUUCAACCCUUACGCCCAGGGCAAGACCAACUACUGGGGACCCGGUGGUACCGUCGAUACCUCCAAGCCCUUCACCAUCACCACUCAGUUCAUCACCGACGAUGGCACCCAGACCGGCACCCUCAAGGAGAUUCGUCGCCAAUACAUCCAGAACGGCCAGGUGAUUGCCAACGCCAAGUCCUCCGCCGGUAUUGACUCCAUCACCGAGCCGUGGUGUGAGAGUGUCGACAGUGCCGCCACCACCUUCGGUGGCCUCACCACCAUGGGCAAGGCCCUUGGUCGUGGAAUGGUUCUCAUCUUCAGCAUCUGGAACGAUGCCAGCGGCUACAUGAACUGGCUUGACAGCGGCAGCAAUGGCCCCUGCAGCAGCACCGAGGGUAACCCAUCCAACAUCAUUUCCCAGGACCCCGACACCCACGUUGUCUUCUCCAACAUUCGCUGGGGUGAUAUUGGCUCAACUUUCAAUGCUCCCGGUGGGUCUGGAUCUACCACUACUACCACCGCCGCCAUCACCACCACCACCAAAGCCACCACCACCACCAAGACUUCAUCCACCACCACCACGGCGGGUGGCGCAACUCAGACGCAGUGGGGUCAAUGUGGAGGACAAAGCUGGACUGGCCCCACGGCUUGUGUCGCCGGCACCACCUGCAAGGUGCAGAACCCUUACUACUCCCAGUGCCUGUGA